AUGAGUCAUUCUAAGACUUCAUCUCAGGACUUUUCACUUAAAAAGAAUCUGCAGUCACUUUUAACAAAUCUACAGGAUCUUACCUUGAAAACAGAUAAAAUGGACAAUAAAUUAGAUUCCUUCAAAGAAAAAUGCACUCAGCAACUUGAACAGCUACAAGAAAUUGUUAAUCAACAUAAAACACAAAUCUCACAGAUGGAACAAUCUUUAAAUGAAAUGGAGAAAAGACUAACAGAAGAGGAGCAAUACUCUGAAAUAUUACUGAAACAAAACAACAUCCUUUUACACACGCUAGGUGAUUUAGAGAACUGCUCUAGAAGGAACAAUUUGCGAAUAUAUGGGCUUCCAGAGAAAUCGGAAGGAGAGAACAUUAUUAAUUUCCUCACAUCUUUGAUACCAACAGUAAAUGUCAAUGUGAAAAGCUGUACUAAACUGGGAAAUGCAACUGUUCCUUCAAAAGGCCGUUCUGGAAUUUGUGUUUUUCACAUCAUUUGCAAAAGUUACCUAACACACUGCAGUCUACCAAGCUUAAUACACAUUUGCAGGUCAGCCCAUCGGGAGAUUCAGUACUUCAGCUUUUUAAAGCGGCAGCUGGCAACCACAUCCAACAAGGGUCAGCAGGCAAGAUCCAAACCUGAGCCAGCCUUUAUUUUGAAAACUUCUUCGCCUCAGAAUGAAGAAGUACUGCGAGAAAUCCCACAAAUUCCAUCUGCCCAGUCAGUGCUUCCUCAUGCAGUGCAGAGUGACGACCAACAGACCAGCAAGCAGUCUAAUGUUUUCCCUAGCAAGGAUAGUCAGGAGGUGAAGACGGCCGUGGCUGUGAUGGAAGACGAAAGUGUAGGUUCGAAAGAGGCUAAACAGUGGAAGGAAAUGAAUAUGACUUGUGCAGAAUUACCAGGCAUUUAUGCAAAGUUGUCAAAAAUCAAACUUACAGCACUGGUUGUAACGACGGCUUCUGCUGGCUUUGCAAUGGCUCCAGUACCCUUUGACCUUACUUACUUUUUGCUGUCCUCUGUGGGAACAGGUCUUGCCUCCUGUGCUGCAAAUUCUAUCAACCAGUUCUUUGAGGUUCCUUUUGAUUCAAACAUGAACAGAACAAAAAACAGACCAUUGGUGAGAGGACAGAUCAGCCCUCUCCAUGCAGUCUCUUUUGCAGCUGUGUGUGCAGUCUCAGGAAUUACAUUGCUGGUCUGGGGGGUAAACCCACUGACUGGAGCCUUAGGGGCCUUCAACAUUUUCCUCUACACCUGCUGUUACACUCCAAUGAAAAGACUUAGCAUUGCCAACACUUGGGUGGGAUCAUUGGUUGGAGCAAUACCACCCAUGAUGGGCUGGACAGCUGCCACAGGAAGUCUGGAUGCAGGUGCGCUGCUUUUGGGAGGCAUCCUGUAUUCUUGGCAGUUCCCCCAUUUCAACGCUUUGAGCUGGAAUCUGCGCGAAGACUACUCAAGAGGUGGCUAUCGUAUGAUGUCUGUGACGCAUCCAACUCUCUGCAGGAAAGUGGCACUCCGACACUGUUUGGCACUCAUUGGACUCUCCACACUUGCCCCCGUCUUAAAUCUGUCUACAUGGACCUUUCCAUUGAUCUCUCUCCCUAUCAACCUUUACAUCUCUUACCUUGGCUUUCGAUUCUACAGAGAUGCAGAUCGAAGCAGCUCUAGAAAGCUGUUCUUCUGUAGCUUAUGGCACCUACCUAUGCUGCUUCUCCUGCUUUUGACUUGCAAAAAGUCUGUGGUGGGAAAGCAAGAGAACAAUGCAACAUGAUGCGGUGACAUUUCUUACUUUAAACUGGCCUCGGCCUUAAUUUCAGACUGAAUGAGCAUCCUAUGUGCAAAGACAUGUUAAAGUAGGAAGCAUCCUCUGCAGCCUUGAUGGAAAAAAUGAGUGUAGCUGCUGGAUAUCUGUAUUUAUGUAGAUCUCUGGUCAGCUUUCAUGGGUUUUUAUUACUUUUACUUUCAUGUUGUUUGUUUAAUGUACGGACAGUAAUGUUUUUAAUGUUAUUUUUAUCUGUUUUACCUAACGUGUCACUUAACUAAUCCCAGCCAUCUCCCACAUUGUUUCCCCGUCACAUGACAUGCUCAUCUGCUGGUCUCCAUUUUCUUUGAGACUGUGCUGUGCACAUGUUUCUGAUACAUUACCUGUGCAGGUGUGGACAUCUGACUUUAAUCAAAGUCAAGGUCCAGUUUUAGUUAGUUUUGCCCCAUCCAUUUUUCUCCCAGCCAGUUGUCUACGUUUGCUACAUCUGGUCUCAACAGAUAAGAGGACUGCCUUUGUACUCUGCCUUUAACAUUAAAAUGUUCUUUUUUUUUUUUUUUUUUAUACAAGUGACACUUUUGUGUCUGAAUUCAUCAACAGUACUGCAUCCUCCAUUAUUUUUUCCAGUUUAAAAAUUGUUGAUUUUUCUCUCCUUUCUACUUCUUGAAAGCAAUUAUAGUUGUAGUUACUGCAGACUGGUAUAAGUGACUUCCUCUGUUGUAAUACCAGUUGUGUGAAUUGGUGCUUUUUAUUCAACGGUUAUGAUUUCAUUGACAACAAGAUUUGGGAAGCUGAUCAUACAUAUGUGGGAUUGUCCCAACACGUACACGGAGCAGCAGAUAAUAUUUUCCUUUGAAAGGGAUGCUUCUUUGCACUAGAUUAACUGUACUAAAUUUAACAGAUGCUGUCUUUUCCCAAUCCUGACUGUACAUUACUGUAACAUGUAAACAGAACUGUUUGUACCAUGUCCAAAGUCUUUAUAUUUUCAUAGUCCAUCCAUAUUUAAAAAAUGUAAAUUAAUGUUGGUUGUUAUCCUGUUGCACUCAGAAAAAUAAAAGUUACCAUGCUGAUGCUUUAAAACAGGGCAAGACUGCCUAAAGCUGGAAGAUUCUUCUAUCUGAUAAUAUAGCACAUAAGCUAUAGACUGUUACACAAUUUUAACCAGACUGCAUACCCACCAAACAUAUCUUCAGUAUUGCACUUUUUGUUUUGUAUACCAGUAUCACAUCCAGUAAAUAAAUCAUAACCAUUUGAAAUUAA